AUGAUUGAUGAAUACAAAGAUUCACCAUUCAUUUUCACCAACAAACUGAACGAACCUGUAUAUGAUAAUGAUGGUGGAAUUGUUCAAGGAUAUCGCGAAAAAGAUACUCAAUUUUUAUUAAAUUUGAUUCAUAAUAGCUCAUAUUCCGAAAAAUUAUUCCAGCAAUUAAUGGUAUACGUUACAGAUAGGCCUGUUAUUGUUUCAAAGUUAAAACCUGACUUUGCAUUUAAAUUAAUAUCGUUUCUGAAAGAAGAUUUGUAUACUAUUGAUGUGUUAAAGUGCAUAUCUUCCGUGUCUUCAGAAUUCCUUGCAAAUUACACAAUAGAUUUCAAAUUUGUUUUAUUAAGAUCAGAAUUUUUCGAUUUAAUUUAUACAAUUAUCUACCAAAGACAUCAAGAUAAUCUUCUAAUCGAUUCUAUCUUUAAUAUAUUGAUCAAUUGCUGCAAUACGAAAGAUUAUUCUUUCACAAUUCAACUAAUGGAAAGCAAUAUAAUAGAACAACUUAUUAAAAGCAAAGAUUUGAACGAAUACAGAGAAGAUAUAUUGAUUAUUCUUCAAUAUUUCGUACAAAUGCCAUUGAAAGAAUAUAAAUUUUCAAUUUAUGAUGAUAUUGUUGAGUUUAUUGGUAAUUCAUUGUACAUAGAUGACGUCAAAGUCACUAUUCAAGCACUUAUUGCCUUCAGAAAAGCAAAUGAAAAUGGAGAUGUCAUUGGAUUUCUAUUUUGCAACCAAGUAAUUUGUAAUGUCAUCAGAGAAAAGGUUAGUUCGUACAGUAUUGAUUGUUCUAAGCAGGCUUUAAAGACUCUUAAUUCUUUAAUUAAGAAUGGACAAGAAAUUGUUGAUAUAAUUGGAAAAUUUAUGACUGUUGAAGAGUUACUCGGCAACCUUACGAAAGAUCUUAAGAUAGUAAAGCAUGUAAUUGCAACUCUUAUUAGUUUAAGGCAAAAUUCAGAAGAUCCGGGUGUACUUUAUCAUUUAUAUACAGAAUUAUUUAGUGUUGACUUUAACAAUACAUUUUCCAGCACAAGUUUGCAUAUAAAAGAGAGCGUUGUCAUAUUAAUUGAAACUUAUAAUUAUAAUCCUCCGAUACCGGUCACAAAGAUUUACACGGAAUCCGUUUUGAUGUUCCUUGCAAACUUUGUUGAGGUCGGAGAGAUAAAAAUUGUUUUUACAGUAGCAAAACUCAUUAAUGAGGCUAUCGACGCAUCCCAAUCUGAUUGGAACUUCCUCAGUCUAAUCCAAAAGGUAUUUGAAGAGAAUGUCUUCGAUAUUAUUGACGAAACUUUAAAUAAUAUUGAUUCAAACACACCUCGCCACGAAGAAAUCGAAAAUUGUUUACAGCAUCUGCUUGAUACCUUCACGCCAGCUGAAUAA